UCAUGGUCUUGUUCGCCUGUUAGGAAAAACAGCUGCAGGGUGGAAACUUGAUGGAUUGAGAGCUGUUUUGAAUAGACUUAUAUUUAUGAAGAAGACCAGGACAGCAGAUAAUGUAAGAAGCAUUAAAAGAGAUUAAGUAAAUAAAAGAGAUUAAUAUUGAUGCAGUCAGAGAAGGAAGAAGCAGAAGAUAUAAUCCCUGGUUCUCUCAGGGAUGCCAAGACCCCUCAACUGAUAAUGAUGAAGAAGAAGAAGAAGAGACACCAUGAGAAAAAAUCAUGUUUUAAUCCAUAUUCCACUUUUGGUCUCGACAAAUUUACCAGUCUGAGUGCAGAAUUGUCUGCAAAAAGAGAAUAUGUUUCUAGGAAGACAGGGAUCCCUGAGGCCAAGGUGAGGUUUGCUUAUACUAGCAAAGGAUUGGUACCUGUGGUGCUAAAAACUGAUUAUGAUGGUAGGGUUUCCAAACUUUCAGGCCUGUUACGUCCCAGAACAAAACAUGGCAGUCAAUUCAAGGAGAAUUAUAACAGUAAUCCACAGGAGGAUGGAUAUGAGGGUGAUCAUGAUGUUGAGGGUGAUGAAGGGUGUGAGAAUGGUGUAAAUGGGUCUGAAAGCAGGAAAGAGGGUGGAGCUGUGACUAUACUGCCAUGGUGGUCUAGGUAUCUGGAAACAACUGCCUUUGUUGUGCAGAAAGUGAGUGCUAUUUUGACCAGCAAGUUUUCAGUGCCUGCAGCAGCCAUGGCAGUUGUUCUGUUGGUGGGUUUUCUGCAGAGAAUGUGUCUUGGUGCUGUCAUGGGCAUGAAGAGAUUCAAAGACAGAGGGAUCUUCCAUUUCUUUGAGCAUUUAAUCUACACGAGGACCAGCCCAGAGUUCAGGACGAGGCAUCCAGAGAAGGCAGAGCAAGUAGAGAAACCUCUGACAUCUCCAGAGCAUAAGAUCUCUAAUGAAGAAAGGUUGUCAGAAGGGUCCCUCAUUUCCUUGAGUGCACUUAGCAACCCUACUGUGAGAUUUCCUGCUUCUUUUUCAGUGCCUGCAGUGGCCAUGGCAGUUUUUGUGUUGGUGGGUUCUCUGCAGACAAUGUGUCUUGGUGCUGUCAUGGGCAUGAAGAGGUUCAUAGACAAAUGGAUCUUCCAUUUCUUUGAGCAUUUGAUCGACUUGAAAACAAGCCCAGAGUUCAGAACUAGGCCUCCAGAGGACGCAGAGCAAGUAGAGAAACCUCUACCAUCUCCAGAGCAUAAGAUCACUAAUGAAGAAAGGUUUUCAGAAGGGUCCCUGAUUUCCUUGAAUGCACUUAGAAACCCUACUCUGAGAUAUCCUGCGUCCCUUUCUGCCUCCAAAAACGGCAGCAGGAGCCUGAACUUCAAUACUGGACAGAAGGGAAAGAAGAAGAAUAAGACUAAAUUUGGAAGGAUUUUUUAUAUUGAUGGUCAGCCAGGGAAAACCAACAGAGUACAGCAGUCUGAGGAUUUCUUGGGGAGGGCAAAAAGGAGGCCAAUUGAUACCACUGUGGGUGCCACUCUGAUGGCUAUUAUUCUCUUUGUUUUGGUCAUCUAUGGCAGGCUCUGUGCAAUCUGCUUCACAUCUGCUUUACUGUGUAUUGUUCCCAAGCUCAGAAAUGGUGAAAACAUUACUGAUUCUGGUACCAAUUAUAAGAACAGCACAGUGAUGAUGGAUCUUCAAUCCAGGGAGUACAGGAAGAAGGUUAUUAUGGAUGGAUUGCUUGAUAGAAGUCAUUUGCAGGGCAACACAAGAUUCACAAUUAAUUGAAAAUAAUAUGUAAUCGUGCCUUCCCUGAACAGAAACAGCGAGGAAGUGGAUUUGUAUGUAUCAGUUUAACCUGAAAAGAACAGUACCCAAGGCUGUCCAGAACUGGAUUGUUUUGUUCUCAAUAAAAAAGUUAUUUAUAUUGUUGUCA